AUCAAAAUGUCCGAUAGGAAGAGCGGAUCAGUUUGAACGAGAAACGCACUGUCCGCCAUUUUAUUUUCUUUCAGUGAGUUCGCCAUGGCUUCCGAACAUAACAAGUUCCGAUUUCCCAGUUUAACAAGCGAAGAAGCUGUGGCAAAUUGCAAGUCAAUGUUUGGAUCACAAGUUGCAUUAAGUAUCGAUGAUCUUAUGCGACCGCAGUUUCAGCAGAUGAAACGUUUCUACAUUGGAGUGCUUUCAAACUUUGGUGUUUGUCCUGAGCUACUCACUCAGCCUCAGUUCAAGUCCAUGGAUGCCUUUGAACACCCAGAACUUCAUGAAGACAGUGCUCCAUUGAUUAUUCUGGCAUUAGCCAUGCAAAGAUUCAUGUUUGCUUGUGGUAUAGAAAAUUUCAGCAUUUUUGACAUUGUUGCACCAAAACCAAAGCGUACUCUACAUUGUAUAAGUGCUAUUGUAAACUUCACAAAAUUCAAGGCUUCACGGGAACACAUUUAUGAAAAUGCAAUUGCAGAAGUGGACACAGCUACUGAACAACGUCAGCAGUUGAUUGCACGAAAUAAAGAACUCCAGCAGAAAAUAUUGGAACUCAGAGCAAAAAGAGCAGAGGAGGAGCAACAAGUGCAGAAGCUUGAUAGUGAAGUCCAAGAAUUGCAGAAUAGUGUCAGUGAACUCAACAAACAACAGGCUACAGAAGUGAAAAACUUUCAACAACUGAAGACCUACAAUGCUGAACUAAGUUCUAAAAAGGCUGAGGUGAAAGUAAACUUGGCAGCGCUGAAGCAAGAUUGUGAAAGCCUAAAAGCCAAGAUUGUUCAGUCACCUGAGAGAUUUAAAGGGGAAUUGGCUCGUCUGACAAGCGCAGUGCAGUCUGUUAGAGAAGCAAGGGACGAAAGAAAUGCCAGGCUACAAGAAAUUUGUGCUCAGCAAGAUAGCAGCCUACAGUAUACUGAGGAUGGCCAGACAGCCUUGAAAAUGAUCACAGGAAUAGGGCUUGACAUGGAUAAACUGCGGGAGGAAACAGCCAAGCUUGAAGAAUUGCAAGAUAAAAAUGUCAGCCAAAAAGAGGUGCUGCGAGACAUGACUGCCAAAAUAGAGCAACUCCGCCGCCAGCAAGCCUCCAAACAAGAGAAACUUUCCCGCCUUAUGCGGCAAUAUGACAAGAGGGUUGCUGCCACCCAUGAUGCAACAGAUCAAUUAAAACGGGAGCAAAUGCAUUUAGAAAAGAAACUAGCAGAAAAGGAAAAUUACCUGGAGGGACUAGACAACCAGAUCACCAAUCUAUCAAGAAUGGUCAAGGAAGAGGAAGACUUUCAUGAACAAGACAUGGAGAAGUUACGUACAGCAUAUCAACAGAUGCUAGCCCAGCUGGAAAACUACCACCAAGGACUAAACAGAGGCUGGGAUAAAGUCAUGACUGCCAACAACAGAUAAAACAUACAUGUACGUGAACAGUGAUAUGAUGAAAUUUUGCAUCUGUUUUGUGAUAAACUUGUAGAAUACAGUUACACGUGUUUCA